AUGAUUGAUGAGCUGUGUCCGACGCAUUAUAAUACACAACGACCACCGCUAGAAGAUAAACAUGCAAUAUGGUCAUCAUCCUAUAUAAAUCAAGGCAAUCCAACAUCAUCGGCUGGUUCCAUGUUUUGGAUGCCAAACAACAACAUUUACCAUAAGCAAGAUGACGUUCAAGAAGCAACAGCAAAUGAAACGUGUGCAACAAAACAAUACGACAAUGAAGACACUAUAUCGCUUGACCUAUUUACUUUCAACAUGCAACAACACCAAAGUUACAAUCCCAGCUUUACUAUUCAUGAGGAGCAGGCUCCUUCUCAUGCUGGAUUGAAUCGUACCUUGUACCAAGUAGGCGAUGGUAACGAUGCUGUCGCUACUGCACUACGCACAGACAAGAGCACAUCUGCUAGUAACGCCGAUCCAAAUACGCCUUCAUCAACAACAAGCUUAAUAGCACCGAUAAGCAAAGUAGAGCGAGAUGAUGAUCGUUCCAUUUACGACAACAAUAGUAACAUGAUGCCAACGUUACAUCAGCACAACGAUAAAAGCAACGGCUCGAAUGACCGAUCAUACCUUCUUUGUUCAAAGUUACAGGUUACUGAUUACGGGAACGUCCAACGAGAGGAGAAUGAGCAACAUCACCAGUCAUUUGCUAUACCAUCAUCAUCAUCGCCUCACAAUGAACACGCCUUGUCACCACUUCACCCAUCAUCUGUAUCAUCAUCAUGGUGGGCGACCAUGUCUCCUCUUGCAUCAUCAUCAUCCCCUUCUUUAAAACGACAUCCACAGCAACCAGCUUCGUUAUCAUUUAGUGAUUCUGACGCUGUCUUAAAUUUUUUGCAAUCCGAGAGCGAUCCUUUUCCACAGCCUAAUGCACCACCGGAUACGCAACAAUGGAUGCCACCACCUGAUGAAAGAUCAAUGGUAUCACAACAUAGCGCCUUUAAUCAGCAGCAGCAUCAUGAAGGAUCAUCGUAUGCUAUGAUGCCAAGUAAUGGUGGUAGCAUUGACACUGGGAAUCAUCAACUUUUAAUCGACAAUGUGAAGCAAUGGCUCCGAUCUCAUUUACGAAACUAUCUUUUGGCGCCAAAUCCCGUGGCCAUGGGAGAAAGGACCAUUGUAAUCUUAACAGGCAAAGUCGCACAAAAAAGCUAUGGCACUGAAAAAAGAUUUCUUUGUCCUCCACCCACGGUGAUUUUAAGUGGGAGUACUUGGUGGUCGGCUAGCAACAAUGAAGGAGGAGGGGGCAAAGUGCUACCGCCUAUACUCAAGGUGGUCAUGUCGACUGAAACAUCCGAGAUUCAAGAGGGGCAGGUUGAUUGGUAUUCUACAUCGGGUGCCUUGGUGGGUCAAACAGGCUUUCCACCACCGCCUCCUCCUCCUUCCCCUGCAUUACACGUUGCACAGCAACCUUCAUCUUGUUUAUCAGGACGAAAUUCCCAUGGUCGUAUUAGAGCAAGCUUUGAUAGAAGCACUAUUAGCACCACAGAUCGAGAUUGGUAUCGAAUUCCUAAAGGAGAUCCUUUGGUGGGCGGCAAGUGUGUCCUCAAGCAAUUGUAUGUCAAUGAUGUCGAAGAAGGAAGGCGUAAACAAGUUGAAUGCUUAGCCCGUAUCCACUUGGCUGAUGGUACCAUGGUUGGCACGCUGGCGAGUCGAUCUAUCAAGGUUAUCAGCAAACCAAGCAAAAAGCGGCAUAAUUCAGCAAACUUGGAUUCUUGCAUUCGUCACGGCACGCUUGUUUCUCUGUUUAAUCGUAUACGAUCGCAAACGGUGUCGACAAAGUACUUGGGUGUAUCAGCAUCACCUUGUCAAUCCAAUUCUUCAGCCACCACGCUACCAUUUAUUUACCCUGGCCAAUGUCAUGGUGAUCAACCACCACCAUCCAAAGACAAAUGCUUUAGUGCACGCACUGGAAGCUGGGAACCAUUUGUCAUUUGGUUAGUAGACACUCAAUGGAAACCAGAGCAACAUCCAAAUAAUGGACAUAGCGCUCAAAGACAGCAAGCAAGUGGAAGACAAGAUGACAUUGCUGACGAGUAUAUUGGUGCCAAUUGUGCAUCAACAUUACGAGGAGGAGUACCCUAUCCUUCACCACCUGCUAUAGCCAUCAAGAAUCGAACACACCAACCGUUAACGAUUCACUAUAAUCAACAUGUCGUUCUUCAAUGUCUUACCACUGGUUUGGUGAGCCCUGUAAUGAUUAUUCGCAAGGUCGAUCGUGCAUCCAAUGCUGUUUUCGGUGGUGCUAGUAUAAGGCAUUGCUAUCCACACGCAAGUAAAAGCAUGUAUGGUGGCGAGUUUGGUGACGAGGUCCUUGGUGAACCUGUAUCGCAGUUGCACAAGGUUGCAUUUCAAAUGGUUACCGAGGAUGUAUCAGCAUCUGGAAAUCGACAUCAUCAGAACGAUUCAAUGCCACAGUGUGGGGGAUCAUCAACCUAUUUGGCAUGUUUCCAUGAUACCGUUGGCAUGCAUCGCACCAGCAAUACUCGUAAACCCAUGCCACAUGCAGCCCAACAACAUCACGAUUUGGAUACACGUCUUCCAACACGUCGUCGAAUAGCAUCAAUGGGUGGCAAUAGUGCUUACAUUGGCGUUCCUCAUCUACCUACUACUACGGCAAAUGGUUAUCAUCAACAACAAGAUUUGAAAGCUGAGCCUCGAUCUUUUCAAAAACGUAGCCGAUCGAUCAGCGGUGGUGAAGGCAACAUACGAUUUUCCUCGUCAGCUGGUGUCUUGGAUCCUACGAGUUGGACCGAGCUUGGGGCUUAUUGGUCUGAAAAAGUACCCGAUUCAACUAUUUGGACCAUUGUUGGCACAGAGUGCGCAAAGUAUACAAUAUGGCAACCUUCACCACAAGCAUCAUCGGACAAUCCACAGCAUAUGAUCCCUCGCGUCUUUAGUUACUCUCGCUCUCCUUCUAGCACGGCUCAAAAAGACAUCAGUGAUCCCGAUUCAUCGCAAGAGCACGAUUAUAUAAGCCUAUAUGGGGAGCAUUUUUCAGAUCAACUUGAUGUUUGGUUUGGUGAUGUACGAUCCAGCCGUUGCGAACAUGUGGGUCGUGGACAAAUUGUAUGCAAGGUACCUCCAAAGAAUACAUUAAUCAACGCGGUAGGCGUUAUAUGGAAAAACGAACGCCUAUGCAGAAUCCCUCUACUAUUAGCCACCAAAGAUGGCAAAGCCGUAUACAAGGCCAACAAGCAUUAUGCAUUCUCACCCUAA